CAUAAGGCUGGAACCCCCCUAGGGCUGGGGCACCCCAUGAGGCUGGGACCCUCCCCCCCCCGGAGCCAUGCACUCCUCUGGGAGCGGUGCCCCCAGUGCUGCGCCCACCCCAUUCUGUGCCCCUUUCCUGCGCAGUGUCCACGUGGGGCUGGAGGGGGGGACAUGGCCGUGCCGCCAGCGGUCCCCGUUGUGCUGGGGGGGUCUCUCCGUGCCCCCUAACCCUGCUGUCCCCACAGCCGUGCGCUUCGGGCGCAUCCCCAAGCGGGAGAAGCAGCGGAUGUUGGCGGAGAUGCAGAGCGCCAUGAGCGUGGGCAGCGCCGUGCCGGGGGGGGCACCUCUGGCCGAGGGGCCCGUUCCCGUUGGGGGCCGCCCGCUGCCUCCCGGCCCCCCUCCGCUCGCCCCCCCCGCCUGCUUCUCCCAGUUCCCGCAGCAGCUGACCCCCCCCCGCUCGCCCAGCCCCGGGGGGGCCACCGAGGACGUCAUCGCGCAGGUGGCUAAAGCUCACCGGGAGAUCUUCGUCUACGCGCACGACAAGCUGGGCCCUCCCCCGAGCUGCGACGGCGCCCACCCGCGCUGGGACGUGCCCCCCCCCGCCUGGACCCCCGCACCUCUCGAGCCCCGGCUCUGCCCCCCCCCCACCGCCGCAUACCCCGACCCCACAGCGCGGGGCUGCGCGUGGCCCCGCGGCCCCAAGGACGUGCUGCCGGCCUGCCCCAUGAACAGCCACCCGGCGGGGCGCAGCGGGCGCUCGGUGCAGGAGAUCUGGGAGGACUUCUCGCUCAGCUUCACGCCCGCCGUCCGCGAGGUGGUCGAGUUCGCCAAGCACAUUCCCGGCUUCCAGGCGCUGUCCCAGCACGACCAGGUCACCCUGCUCAAGGCCGGCACCUUCGAG